AUGGGACUUUGUCAUGGAAAACCCAUUGAGCUCCAACAAAACCAAUCCAAAAACAACACACACUCCGUUGAAACAGACUCAACACAACCACCAAAUUCACACACUACCAAGACCUCAAACUUCCCCUUUUACAGUCCAAGUCCAUUACCAAGUCUCUUCAAGACUUCACCUGCUAUAUCAAGUGUAAGCUCCACUCCUUUGAGGAUUUUCAAGAGGCCUUUUCCACCUCCUUCUCCUGCAAAGCAUAUACGUGCAUUGCUUGCGAGAAGGCAUGGCUCUGUUAAGCCCAAUGAAGCUUCAAUUCCUGAGGGAAGUGAGAGUGAUAUUGGUUUGGACAAGAAUUUUGGGUUUUCUAAGCAGUUUGUAAGUCAUUAUGAGCUUGGUGACGAAGUGGGGCGUGGACAUUUUGGGUAUACUUGCUCCGCUACGGCAAAGAAAGGGAGCUUGAAAGGCCAGGAUGUGGCAGUCAAAGUUAUUCCAAAGUCUAAGAUGACCACUGCAAUUGCUAUAGAAGACGUGAGACGAGAAGUGAAAAUAUUACGGGCUCUAACGGGACAUAAGAACCUAGUGCAGUUCUUCGAUGCAUACGAAGAUGAUGAAAACAUCUAUGUUGUAAUGGAGUUGUGCAAAGGUGGUGAAUUAUUGGAUAGGAUACUCUCAAGGGGUGGAAAAUACUCAGAAGAAGAUGCAAAGACCGUUAUGGUUCAGAUAUUAAGUGUAGUUGCCUACUGCCAUCUCCAAGGUGUCGUUCAUCGUGACCUUAAGCCUGAGAAUUUUCUCUUCACCACCAAGGAGGAUAAUUCCCCUUUGAAAGCAAUUGAUUUUGGACUCUCUGACUAUGUAAAGCCAGAUGAAAGGUUAAAUGACAUUGUGGGAAGUGCAUAUUAUGUAGCUCCUGAAGUUCUGCAUAGAUCAUAUGGGACCGAAGCAGACAUGUGGAGUAUUGGUGUAAUUGCUUACAUUCUUCUAUGUGGUAGCAGACCCUUUUGGGCCCGGACAGAAUCUGGCAUCUUUCGUGCUGUUUUGAAAGCAGAUCCAAGCUUUGAUGAAGCUCCUUGGCCUUCUUUAUCCCCUGAAGCAAUAGAUUUUGUGAAGAGGCUGUUGAACAAGGACUAUCGGAAGAGACUAACUGCUGCUCAGGCUCUGAGUCACCCAUGGCUGGCUAAUCAUCAUGACAUAAAGAUUCCAUUGGAUAUGAUAGUAUACAAGCUUUUAAAAGCAUAUAUAUGCUCAUCUUCUCUACGGAAAUCUGCGUUGGGGGCACUGGCGAAGACGUUAACUGUUUCUCAGCUAGCCUACCUCAGGGAACAAUUUACACUGUUGGGGCCAAGCAAAAAUGGCUUCAUUUCUAUGCAGAACUUUAAAACAGCUGUAAUCAAGCACUCUACGGAUGCCAUGAAGGAUUCCAGGGUCCUUGAUUAUGUUAGCAUGGUUAGUUCUCUUCAAUACAGAAAAUUGGAUUUUGAAGAAUUUUCUGCUGUUGCUGUAAGUGUGCAUCAGCUGGAAGGAAUGGAUUGUUGGGAGCAACAUGCUAGGCUUGCCUAUGAGUUGUUCGAGAAGGAUGGAAACAGACCCAUUAUGAUAGAGGAGCUUGCCUCAGUAUGUUCUUUCUCUCUCUCUCUCUCUCUCUCACACACACACACACACACACAAGCGCGCGUGCACUCCACACAUGCUCCAGUCACCCUCAUAGUGGCAGAGCUAGGAAUUAUAUCUGGGGGACAGUUAAAUGUACUAAAGUCAAAAGGCAGUUCAGAGAUGUAA